AUGAUGAGAUCCUCGCGCCGCAGGGUCGUUGCACGCCUGUGCGCUCUGCAACUGGAGAGGGUUGCAUGGAGUUGCAACGUGCACUGCCGACGAGAUUCUGAGAAAAGCUGGUCAGCGGCAUCCCCCAUACAGCUGCGAUAUCUGCGGGUUCAGGCCUUUCUCGUUCGUGGUUUCGAUGAUCGCGGCAGCCUGUGGAGUUCUUCUCACACUGAAUGCAUCGAGUGCCGCUCAGCACACCCCGACGUCCACGUAGCCGCGUGUGAUUGCAAGGCUGGCCAGAUCAGGCACACAGGGUGCCAGUCCCGAGCCACUCGCCGCAGUCGCCGGCAGGCCGCCCAAAAGAGAGCGGUCGAUGAACGUGUGGAACACACAUGUCUGUCUGAGCUGUGGGACGUGGAGGCCUCUACCAGAACUGCAUGCCGACAGAUGCUCAGUCUCGCACGCCUUUAUAUCGUGGUCGAUUUGGCCGGCUCCAGCGGGUCCGAGAGGCAGGCCAUCGGCCAGGGCGCCGCGAAGUUUGUUGAAAGGCUCACUUUCGACUGCUCUUUCCUCCCGAGUUUGCGGCGGGUCACGGUGGGCGAGCGUGGCGCGAUGAAGCUGGACGACCUGGAGCUCUCGCGGGCGGCGCUGCCGCCGGAGCUCUCCGGGCUCGACGCCCUGUG